GUUUUAUUCCUCUUUUUGCACAUCAGCAUAAUAACAAUCGGAUUUAUUAUGUGAUUGACCAUCAACUUGGUACAUUCAUAAUAGCAUUUGUUUAAUAUUUGGGAGCCAGUUUUGUACAUUUUAGCUGACAAUGACUUGUUUGUGGAAAACCUGAUAAACCACAGUAUCCUGGCCUCCAACGGAAUACAUACAUUAUAUUACAGGUAUAGGCAAGAAAUGGAUACAUUCCUAUAUUAUCACGUAAUUACAUUUUAAAUAUCCAUAAGUGUAAUCGAAUUGAUUUUUUGUGUCUGAAUGAUUUUAACGAAAAUUCUGUAACGGGCAGAAAAAGCCUAAAUUAUGCAAAUUAUUACAUUAAUGUGGACAAACUUUCUGACCCUAUCAAGGCUUAACUUCCGCAAGUGCCCGCAUCCAUUCCUUUAUGCAUUUCAUGUGUUCCUGUUCCAAUGACGACAUGAGGGUGGGAAAACACAGUAAAGGGAUUGGUCCUCUAUUGUUUUCUACUGCAUUUUUGCUUUCAUAAAUUUAGUAGGUUCACUGCUGCGUUGUACUUUCGUUUAGAAUUUUAGACUUCAAAGACUUUUAUUUUGACAUCGAUUUAUCUAUCCGGAAGUAUCCCCUCUUGUUGCGUUAAACAUUUUAAUGAGAUUUCCUCGUUCUAAGGCGCCGCAGUUCUGUUUUGGUUUCGGUUUAUUUUUGAGGUGCUUGUUGGUUUGAUUAAAAGUCUCGACUGGUGAUCAAAAUAAUAUGCUUGAUGCAGAAUGACGUCCAUGGAGAACAUUGAGGUUUACAUCCCCAAGGAGGCAUGUGUCAAGAACAUCCCCUUUCAAUCCCUGUCCUCCUCUAUGAUCAGGAAGAUCAGUCUACAUCUGUGUCAUAACAGAUCUGAAACGCCAGAGAAACAGAUUGUGACAAGCAUCUCUCCGGUGGAGCUAAGAGAAAAAGCAGUGUCUGACAGCAUUGAAGUGAGGUCAUGCAUGACCAAAAUCACUCCAGGAAAGUUUUGGCUGCCUGUUGUGAGUUCCAGUGUCAAGGCAUAUAAGGUUUUAAAAAGCAUUUUACCAGCACAUAGGCCUCCGAUACAGCUGUCAGUGCCAGAGCAUGUAGAAGCAUCUAUUCCUGUUGGCAAGGCGUCUGCUCUGAAAAAGAAUUCCUUCAUUAUUUUUAACAAUCAGAUCUUCCUCUCAGUAAAAAGGCCAAGGGGGAAGAGAGUCAGCUUUCAAAGCUUAACAUCUCCAAGUGAAUUUCCUGUUCCUCAAAGCCAGCAGAACCAGGAAGAUGCUCCACCCAGUUGCCAGACACGAGACACUUCCAGACCACAACAAAGCAUGACUCAGGAUCAGACCGUAAUCAGAGAUGAGCAAUCUUUGACGCUGUUGCAGAAAGUCUCAGAAGUAACUCCUGAGGAACACGAUACAAGCAAAGAGGUACAAAAGGAUGCUGAGAUAACUUCAGAUUCAGCCAACAGUCCACCCAAACCCACAGAGGAUCUAGAGCACAGUCAGACGGCUUCCAGUUUGCAAAUGUCAAAUUCUGUGCCCAAUAUUUUACACCAGUCUCAAAGCCCAACCCAGACGUCGUCUGAAGUGUCAGAAGAGCCCGAAACUGCAGGUGGAGAAGGAGAGACCAUUGCACAUUUAGAGACAGCAGGAUUUCUUCCCAUGGUCGGAAGCUGUCUUGCGUUUGAUUUCCAGCUGCUGGCCAAAGAGGAGAAAAUAAGCCACCUACGAGCUCGACUUAAAAAGAAGGAGGCUGCACUCAGCAUCUUAAAGUCAAAGCCUUCUGAUCAAGUUUAGAUGAUGUCAUUGUGGACUGGCCUGAAAUGUUCAUUCAGAAGACUGUGAUAGUUAUAUUAAGGUUUCUCGUGUUUGCAGCGGAAGGAUUUUUAUAAAUCUUCCCAAAAUAAGACUGUGAUAGUUAUAUUAAGGUUUCUCGUGUUUGCAGUGGAAGGAUUUUUAUAAAUAUUCCCAAAAUUGUUAAAUUGCAUUUGCAGAGAUACAUGACAACAACAACAUCCUCAUGUAGUUUGAAUAAUAAAGCCAGAGGAAUGAUGUCA